GGGAAACUGAGGCCAUCUGGGAAAGUGCUCAUGGUCCCACAGCAUGUUAGAAGGCGAGCAAGUCCUAGAACCCAAGCCCCUACCCAGAGGAUCUUCACAGCUCACCUUGAUGAAUCUGUCUUCUCAACAGGCCCUGGAUCCAUUCCUGUGUUCUCUGCAGCCAGCACUUCUCGGUGUAACCCGGAAGGAUCUCGGAGAGGAUGCCUCAGGCAUGCUCUACCAGCCACCCGCACCGCAUGGCAGCUCCAGCGAUGAUGACAAACCCACAGCCACGAACUCCCGGAGCAGGGACAGGAUGGCAAGCCAGGAGGAAAGAGCAAGCCACGGAGCCCCCUGUUCAUCCUUUCCUCCUCACAACAACUGCUUCCCAGCCCCCGGGCUGAAAAGAAGGACCCCUAGCUCUCUGGCUCUCUGUCCCUGUCCCCCUCUGGCCCCCAUCUCCAAGGAGCUCCCAUUCCACCUCCACCAUUUCUAUCCUGAGUACCCACUUCUCCUACCUCUACCAUACCGGUUCACCUAUGGGUCUCUACCUGCUGUCCAACAUCCCCAUCUCUUCCUGGUAGCCCGAGAGACCCUCUACCCCACCACAUCUGCACUCAGCAUGCCGAUGACAACCAUGGAGCCAGGGCAUCCCAGUGCCUUGGGGGAAACUCGUGUUCUCUACCCAGGGGCCUCCCAAGCCUCUGGCUGGACCCUGUCCUCACAGGCCUGGUAUCUAGACUCCAGACCUUUCCCUCCCAACCCAGGGCUUGCACAAGCUGGCCUGGCGGCUCCAGGAAAACAGGCCCGGGCAGGCACCACAGCCCUUCCUUACCCACUAAAGAAAAAGAAUGGCAAAAUCCUUUACGAGUGCAAUGUAUGCAGCAAGAGCUUCGGGCAGCUCUCCAACCUCAAGGUCCACCUGCGCUUGCACAGUGGGGAGCGUCCAUUCCAGUGUGCCCUGUGCCUGAAGAGCUUCACCCAGCUGGCUCACCUGCAGAAGCACCACCUGGUGCACACUGGAGAGCGGCCCCACAAGUGCCUGAUGUACUACAAGUGAUUCAGCAGCUCCAGCAACCUCAAGAUCCACCUGCGCCUGCACACGAGGGCCCAGCACCUCCAGGGCAGCUUCUGCCCGAGUCGUGUCCCUUAGCACCUUCAGCUGCAUGCCCCUUGGCCCUGUGGCCUAGCAUGGACCCACCUGUCACUGGCAUCUCUCACUUACCUCACCCAGUGGCACCAGGGAGCACUAGAUCUUGUGGCAGCACCAUCAGAGCAGCAGGUGGGCUGGGAUGUGGACAAGGUCCACAUGGCCUCUGUAUCUCAGGGCAAACAGCUAGCCUGAGCACUCAAGCCAGUAUCCCCUCAAGACUGCCCUGGGGAGAAGGGGUGAAGAGAAAUUAAAGAUUUUCCCCACAGCUGAGUUGGGGGUCUUCUGAGC